AGCAGGGGAGACCGUGGCCGCGGGCGCCCAGCUGAAACUCCUUGGAGUUACUCUAGACCGCACCCUCCACUUCGGGGCGCACUGCAGAAAUCUGCGACAGAAGACUCGUCCCCGGAUAGCCCAGCUCAAGAGGCUAACUGGGCGUGACUGGGGCCUCCGAGAACAGCAACUUCGAGCGGUGGCCAAUGGAUAUGUCAGGGGCCCCCAAGAACAUGCUGCUGCGGCCUGGCUGCCUGCCACACCCGCUUCCCACGUCGAGAUCCUCGAACGUGAAGUGCGGGCGGCCGCGCGCGUGAUCACGGGCUGCCCCGUCUCAACACGGACCCACGCGCUGCUGGCGGAAGCCGGUAUGCCCCCGGUCUCGGAGCGGCGUCUCUCGCUGGCGGCCCGCUUCCUGGCCAAGGCGAGAGCCCUGCCGCGCGAGGACCCGCUCCGCACCGUCGCCGACGAGGUGGUGCCGGCGCGCCUGUCCUCCGUCACUGGUUGGAGACAGGUGGGCAUGGAGGUUUGGGAGGCGGCUGGCGUGUCGUCGCCGAUCGAGCCCAUCCUCGCUAGCCGGCAACCCCCAUGGGUGACCACGAACGGCGUGACCUUCCGCCUGGACGUCGGGCCCGGCCUCCCGCCGAGAGCAGCAUCUGCCCAGACGAAGCUGGAGGUAGCCACUCUCCACCUGAGCGGCCUCCCACAAUGCGCCACGUGGGUAUGGACGGACGGCGCGGCCGACGGAGGAGUCGCCAGCGGAGGUGCUGGAGCUCUGCUCGAGCUGCCGGACGGCGAGACCCGGGAGCUGCGGGUCGCUGCCGGCAAACUCUGCUCGAGCUACAGGGCGGAGCUCGUAGCCCUCAACGCAGCACUCGAGUACCUGCGACAGCACCCGGCGCACACAGAGGAUCCAGUGGUGGUCUGCACAGACUCUCAAGCGGCUCUCCGAAGGCUGCAGGAGGGGCCGUCUGCGCAGUCAUCGCCCCUCGCAACUGCGAUCUGGGACAGCCUGCUGGAGCUGUCGUCGAGCGGUCGCCGGGUCCUCCUACAGUGGAUACCGUCCCACUGCGGAAUCCCGGGGAAUGAGCGCGCGGACCAACUCGCCAAAGAUGCCUCAACUCUCCCCCAAGAAGACGUCCCUGUUGACGUGACCACGGUCUACCGAGCUGCGGCGAGACUCGCGCGUGCCCGUACCACCAACCAGUGGCCUCCUGGCUGGUACCGCACGCUGAUGGAGGGGCGUCCCCCGCCGCCGGUUCGUGGACCCAACAGGCUGGACGCAGUGGAGACUCACCAACUACGAGCAGGACACUGGUCCGGGUCAGCCCAGUACCUGCACAGAAUCGGGCGGCACCCAUCGCCGGAGUGCGCCCAGUGCAGUGAUCGGGGAUGCCGGGCAGGAUGGUGCCGCGCCUGCGGCGAAGAGGCCGACACCCCGGACCAUGUCCUUCUGCGGUGCCCGGCGCUGAUGAACGCCCGGCUCCGCAUCUUCGGCACCAUCUUCCCGAGCCUGAGCGACGUGCGACGGGACGACGCGGUGGCGGCCCUGGCGAGGGUCGCCAGGUACCUCCAGAGCCGUUAGGCUACAGCUCACCAGAGCCUGGAGGGACAACACAACA